UUUUGUGAAGAGUGAUAGAAGAAGCCUCACUCUGCCUCCUACAUUGCUGAAUAGAACAGCUGACAUGAAGAGUUGUGAAGAAUGGAAACCUUUUAUUAUAAUGGUAGCAAUCAAUUUUGCCUUUGCUGUUGUGAAUAUUCUUCUCAAGAAAGUCCUUGAGGAGGGAAUUAACCAUUUGGUCCUCGUUACAUACCGGCUGUCAAUUUCUACCAUGUUCUUAGCUCCAAUCGGCUACUUUUUGGAAAGGAAUAGCAGACCAAAGCUCACACUUCGUAUCUUGUGUUACCUCUUCUUCAGUGCAAUCAUCGGGGCAUCGCUAACACAGUACUUCUUCCUUCUUGGAAUUCAAUACACAUCUGCUACUUUUUCAUGCGCCUUCAUCAACGUGGUGCCCGUGCUUACAUUUCUAAUGGCAUUACCACUUGGGUUGGAGACUGUGAACAUAAAGUGCAGCAGUGGAAGAGCCAAAGUACUUGGUACAGUGGUGUGUGUUGGGGGUGCCACACUAUUGACUCUUUACAGAGGAAUGCCUUUAUUUGAUCAUUCACACUCACAAUCUGCAACUCAAAUGGUGGAUCACGCUAUGAAGCUCAACUCUGACAAGACGACACAGAGAUGGACCAUCGGUUCAAUUGCUUUAGUUGUAGGAACCCUGUUUUGGUCUUCAUGGUUUCUUUUACAAUCUACUAUAAGCAAGAGAUACCCCUGCCAGUAUUCCAGCACUGCUAUUAUGUCCUUCUUUGGUGCCAUUCAGUCGGCUGCCUUGAGUUUGGCUACCAGCAGAAAUCUUUCUGCGUGGGUUCUGAAGGGAAAAAUAGAAAUCGUAACUGUCCUGUAUGCUGGUAUGAUAGGAUCCGGCUUGUGCUAUGUGGGUAUGUCGUGGUGUGUCAAGAAAAGGGGUCCAGUUCUGACAGCAGCAUUUAGCCCCCUUGUUCAGAUAAUGGCAGCCAUGUUUGAUAUCCCCAUCCUACACGAGCAACUUCAUCUUGGGAGCAGUUUGUUGGGAUCCAUCAUUGUAAUCAUUGGAUUGUACAUUCUUCUGUGGGGUAAGAACAAGGAGAUGAAGAUUUGUGCAACAAAACUAGCCCAAGAGGCUGAAGGGAUCAAGGAACAGGAGUCACAGUUGCAAGUCAUCGCAGUCUCUUGUGAAUCACGGUGCCAUUCAGGCCAAGUUCAAGUUGCAUAAUGCUUUUCCAUUUGCAAUUACUCUCUACUGCUUCUCCUAAUUGAAA